ACUAAAAACCGUAUGGACUUUCUCCACAUGCCACGUGUAUCACAACCUUUCUCCUCUCCUCUUUGCUGCUACUAACGUUUCGGUCCGACAGGUUCAAAGCUUGACACCAAACAAGACAAGAUUUUUCGACAAGAUUUGAUCUACUACAUCUCAGGUGAAUCAUAAGAAAGAUGGACAAAUUGAAGAUAGCUGAGUGGGGAGAGAAGCUGAAGACAGGAGGAGCUCAGAUGAGCAGGAUGGUGAGCGAGAAGUUCAAAGACAUCCUCCAAGCUCCGACCCUGGAAUCAAAAAUGGUUGACGAAGCAACUCUCGAGACUCUCGAGGAGCCUAACUGGGGAAUGAACAUGAGGAUAUGCGCUCAGAUCAACAGCCAGGAGUUCAACGCCGCCGAGAUCGUCAGAGCCAUCAAGAGGAAGAUCUCUGGUAAUAACAAAAGCCCCGUGAGCCAGAGGCUGAGCCUUGAGCUUCUCGAGGCUUGUGCUAUGAACUGUGAGAGGAUUUUCUCUGAAGUUGCUUCUGAGGGUGUUCUUGAUGAGAUGGUUUGGUUGGUUAAGAACGGUGAAGCUGAUUCCGAGAACAGGAGCAGAGCUUUUCAGCUUAUUAGAGCUUGGGGACGGUCUAAAGAUCUUGCUUAUCUUCCUGUUUUCAAGCAGACUUAUAUGAGCCUGGAGGGAGAGAAUGGUUUGAACGCUCGUAACGAGGAGAAUCCAGUGGCGGGACAGAGUUCUCUGGAGUCUCUCAUGCAACGCCCUGUUCCAGUUCCUCCACCUGGUAGCUAUCCGGUUCCUCCUAAUCAAGAACAGGCUCGUGGGGACCAUGAUGGUGGUCUUCUUGACUAUAACUUUGGGAACUUAUCGAUCAAGGAUAAGAAAGAACAGAUUGAGAUUACACGGAACAGCCUCGAGUUGCUCUCUAGCAUGUUGAACACUGAUGGAAAGCCGAAUCACACAGAGGACGAGCUAACAGUAAGCCUGAUGGAGAAAUGCAAGCAGUCACAACCGUUGAUUCAAAUGAUCAUAGAGAGCACAACAGACGAUGAGAGUGUUCUUUUUGAGGCUCUGCAUCUGAACGAUGAGCUCCAACGCGUUCUAUCCAUUUACGAUGAAACUAAGAAGAAGGCGUUGUCCGUGGUGGACCAAGAAUCAUCAGGAAGCAAAGAUGCUGGUGGUCCGAAACCAACAGAAGAACAUCUUGUGAAACAAAAGGAUGAACAUCCAGAAUCACCAGGAUCCUCCAACAAGACUGGUAAAGAAGAUAAGCAGGUGAAAAUAGAACUCGGGUUAUCCAGUGAUGAAGAUGAGAAAUGAGCAACUCUGAUAUGUUUGUCUUCUUACGACAUGGUUAUCAGAAUGUUGUAGAAGAUUUCAUUGUUCUUUUGAUGUUUACUUCUGCAAUGUACUUUCUACUAUAUGUUUAUGGAACCUUUCUUAGCUUCA